AAAAUAGUUUAACUUUAUGGAUAAGAGAAAUCUAAAGGGGACAACUUCUCUCACCAUCUCUCAUUUUCUUCAAUAGCUUGACAUGGGGAAAAUCUGGAUUGAAGUAUGCCUCAUAUCUGCCCGGGGACUUGGGCGUUCUUCUUCUCUUUGGAAGCUUCAAUGGUUUGCUGUUGGGUGGAUUGAUCCUAACAACAAAUACUGCACCAAGAUUGAUGCUUCUGGGAAUGCAAACCCGGUGUGGAGAACCAAGUUUGCUGCCUUGGUUGAUGACUCAAAUUUCCAAGAUAUGGCUUUGCAUGUUGAAGUAUACAGCAGAGAGCCCAUUUUUCUCAGGGAAAGGCUUCAAGGAACAGCUACUAUUGUCUUGAAAGAAUUUAUGCCCAAGUAUACCACCGAGGGUUUCAGAUCAGGAACUGAACAAGUUGGGAGCUAUCAGUUGCGCAAAAGAAAUUCCAGCAAACCUCAAGGAUUUGUUGAUAUUUCAAUUCAUAUCUCUGAAGAGCGGGAAGAUACAAGUUUAUACCAAGGUAGCGAAGGUGGAAUCAUGCUCAUGGAUCAAAGCAACAAUAUCAAAUUGUCCACUGAAGGAGGUUCAGGACCAGCCUACCCAACAGAGCAGCCCCAGAACCCCCUCCAUCGACCAGAAAACCAAUCACAGACAAAUUUUCCAUAUGCCCAUUCAGUGUCUUACCCAACAAAUUAUUCAAACCUGUCAGUUAGUGGACAAAGCUACCCUCCACCUGCAGGACCCAGCUAUCGUCCAGCACAAACUCCACCACCACCACCACCACCACCACCGUCACGAACUCCACCACCACCACCACCACCACCUUCCAAUGUAGGCUACAUACCCACUCUUCUACCCAGAACAAAUAAUUUAUCGUCAACUUAUGUGGAUGUGCCGUCAUCUGGACCCCCAGGACGAGGUGUGAGACCUGGCUUUGGAAUGGGAGUAGGUGCUGGAGCACUGGCAGCCGGUGCUGUUCUCUUUGGUGAUGACUUCAUGUCAGGAUUUGAUGUACCUUCAGGGUUACAGGAUCCCAGUCUUACCAUAUCAAUUGAUCCUCCUUUCUGAUAUUGUAUUGAUUAUCCUAUAAUUUCCGUAUUUCUAUCAGAUGGAAUUAGAUUUGAUUAUAAUCCAUGAUGAUCCAACAGCUUGGCAACA